ACCGGGACUUCACGUGCGCGGCUUGAUUUGUAGUUUGAACACGUGGCUCAUUCAAAAAAAGCAGAAGAAAAGCGCAAUAGCCGAGGGUGUCGCCCCCCUUUCCCCUUUUCUCGGUUUUAUUUGGAGGCGGUGCUACAUUAAUGUGUGACAUUUUCACUCGCGCCGCCAAAGAAGCUCGGGCGAGAAAGACAACGAAAAAAGUAGUUUCACUCUUUUUCCCUCCCCCCUUCGAGCCCUCGGCGUACCGGGAGAGAGAGCGAGCGAGCGAGCGAGCGAGAGAGAGAAAGAGAAGAGGGGAGAAGGGAGCACGCGCGGAGAUCCCGUCCAUCAAAUAUCCAGCAGCUCGGCUCAGCUCGGAGUGAGGGAGAGCCCUCCCAGCCCCUCCGCUCAGCGAGGCGAUAGUGCGCUUUCUCUCCAAACGCUGCCCAUCCGAGGGCUGCUCUCUGCAACACGGACGCGCGCUCGCGCUCUCUCUCUCUCUGUUUUUUCCCCCGCAUGCGAGCAACAUGAAUAAGCUCUACAUCGGCAACGUGAGCGAGCAGGCGAGCGCGCUGGACUUGGAAACUAUCUUCGAGCAGUGGAAGAUCCCUUUCAGCGCUCCGUUUCUGGUCAAAAGUGGCUACGCGUUCGUGGACUGCCCUGACGAAAAGAUAGCGAUGAAGGCCAUCGACACUCUUUCAGGAAAAGUAGAACUCCACGGGAAACUUCUAGAGGUGGAGCACUCGGUCCCCAAACGGCAAAGGAGCUGUAAACUGCAGAUCAGAAAUAUCCCAGCUCACAUGCAGUGGGAGGUGCUGGAUGGGUUAUUGGCUCAAUAUGGCACAGUGGAGAGUUGUGAACAAGUCAACACAGACACAGAAACGGCCGUAGUCAAUGUGCGAUACGGUGCCAAGGAGCAGGCCAGACAAGCAGUGGAGAAGCUCAACGGUUUCAUGAUGGAGAAUUACGCGCUGAAAGUGUCCUACAUCCCAGAUGAGAUGGCGGCUGCUGAUCCUGCUGCUGUUAGCAACAGGAGAGGUGCAGCUCCUCGGGGUCCACCCCGUCAGGGCUCGCCCUCUCUGGGUGCCAGACCCAAGCUGCAGUCCGACGUUCCGCUCCGCAUGCUUGUACCCACCCAGUUUGUAGGUGCCAUCAUAGGCAAGGAGGGUGCCACCAUCCGCAACAUUACCAAACAGACACACUCAAAGAUUGACAUCCAUCGUAAGGAGAAUGCAGGAGCGGCUGAAAAGCCCAUCACUGUCCACUCCACUCCAGAAGGCUGCAGCUCAGCUUGUCGGAGGAUCAUGGAGAUCAUGCAGAAGGAGGCCCUAGAUACCAAAAUCACUGAAGAGAUUCCCCUAAAGAUUUUGGCUCAUAAUAACUUUGUGGGGCGUCUGAUUGGGAAAGAGGGCCGCAACUUGAAAAAGAUCGAACAGGACACUGGGACUAAAAUCACCAUCUCGCCAUUGCAGGACCUGACUCUGUAUAACCCAGAACGCACCAUCACAGUGAAGGGCCCAAUAGAGGCGUGUGCCACUGCUGAGGAAGAGGUCAUGAAAAAAAUCAGAGAGUCCUAUGAGAACGACGUGGCUGCCAUGAAUCUGCAGUCUAACCUGAUUCCUGGGCUAAACCUAAAUGCACUAGGUCUUUUCCCUGUUGGGACCAGUGGAGGCAUGUCCCCCUCUAUGGUGCCAGGGCCUCCCACUGGAGCACAAGCUUCCUAUCCAUCAUUUGGGUGCAGCGCGUUUGGGAGCGGGGUGCCAUUUUGGGCCUCUGCACUGCCCUCCAGCAGUAGCCCAUCCCUCUCUCCACAGCAGCCAGAGUCAGAGACGGUAUAUCUUUUCAUCCCCGCCCUGGCGGUGGGCGCCAUCAUCGGCAAACAGGGCCAGCACAUAAAGCAGCUCAGCCGUUUUGCUGGUGCGUCAAUCAAGAUUGCUCCAGCUGAUGAAAUGGAUGCCAAGCAGAGGAUGGUCAUCAUUGCAGGACCGCCUGAGGCACAGUUCAAGGCUCAGGGACGUAUCUUUGGAAAACUGAAGGAAGAGAAUUUCUUUGGGCCAAAGGAAGAGGUCAAACUAGAAGCUCACAUCAAAGUGCCAUCGUUUGCUGCCGGCAGGGUUAUUGGCAAGGGAGGCAAAACGGUGAAUGAACUGCAGAAUCUGACCAGUGCAGAGGUGGUUGUCCCACGGGAUCAAACACCUGACGAAAAUGACCAAGUGGUAGUAAAGAUUACUGGCCACUUCUAUGCAAGCCAGAUGGCUCAGCGAAAGAUUCAGGAGAUUCUUUCUCAGGUGAGGCGGCAGCAGCAGCCCAAGGCCUCACCCACAGGCCCACCUAUGGCCCGGAGGAAAUAGAGCCACCAUGUCUUCACUGAGACGAUCGGGAUAUGGGACAUGACCAUCUCAGGGGUCAUGGGUUGUGCCCGAACACCCCACCUAUAUGACACCCCCCCCACCUUCCGCCGUUUCUGUGAGAAUGUAUUCUCAAUCGCACAUUUGUCUUUCUUUUGUUCUAAACAUGAGGAGAAAUCACGGCUAUGAAAAAUAGUCUCCCCUUCACUGCCCUAGUGUGGUAACUGCACAAUACUACAUUGUUGUUUUUUCAUUCUGUAUUUUUUUUAUUAUUAUUAUUUUUUAUUUUGCUUAAUUGGGUUUUUUUUUUUCUUUUCCAUGUAAAAGUAU